CAAGAGUUAACUGGCGGGGUGUGACAGGGCGAUCCGCCCUCAGGAAGUGUUACUCACCACCGGGAAUGUGAAUGCUCUCGCCUUGGGGGCUGGAUUCUCUUCCUGAGUCCCUGGAGAAACCAGAAACCGAAGGAGCUCCCAGCCAUGGAAACCCCUGGGGAGCCAGGAGCAGGCCCUUUCGGAGCCCCCAGCCUGACCAGCUUUGCACCUGGACACCUGGAGAGUGAAAAGCCAGCCCAGGACCCGCUGUAUGAUGUGCCUGAUGCCGGCGGGGGUCAGGCAGGUGGGCCCCAGCGACCCGGGCGCACCGUGAGCCUGCGGGAGCGCCUGCUGCUCACGCGGCCCGUGUGGCUGCAGCUGCGCGCCAACGCCGCGGCUGCCCUGCACGCACUGAGGACCGAGCCCCCGGGGACGUUCCUGGUACGGAAAUCCAACACUCGCCAGUGCCAAGUCCUGUGUGUGCGGCUGCCUGAGGCCAGCGGCCCCUCCUUCGUCUCCAGCCACUACAUCCAGGAGAGCCCUGGGGGCGUCUCCUUGGAGAGCUCAGAGCUCGUGUUCCGGGACCUGGUCCAGCUCAUCUGUGCCUACUGCCACGCACGGGACAUCCUUCUCCUCCCGCUCCAGCUCCCCAGAGCCAUCCGCCUGGCAGCCACGCACAAGGAACUGGAAGCCAUCUCCCAUCUGGGCAUUGAGUUCUGGAGCUCCUCCCUCAACACCAAGGCUCAGCCGGGCCCAUCUGACGGCCCGCUGCUGCCCAGGCUGAAGUCUCGGUCCCCGCAAGAGCUGGACCAGGGCACUGGAGCCGCCCUCUGCUUCUUCAACCCACUGUUCCCAGGGGACCUGGGUCCCACCAAGCGGGAGAAAUUCAAGACGAGUUUCAAAGUGCGAGUGUCCACAGAGACCUCCAGCCCCCUGUCUCCACCUGCUGUGCCACCUCCUCCAGUCCCUGUGCUGCCACGGGCAGCCCCCAACCAGACAGAAAGGUUGCCCCCUCGCCAGCUGCUGCGGAGGGAGAGCUCAGUGGGGUACCGUGUGCCAGGGGGUGCCGGCCCCAGCCUCCCGCCCCUGCCCUCCCUCCAGGAGGUGGACUGCUGCUCCCCCAGCAGCUCAGAGGAGGAGGGGGCACCUGGGUCCCAGGGAAGCCCAGUGACCUCCCCCCGCCUAGGCCGCCGGCCGCCCCUGCUUCGGUCCAUGAGCGCUGCCUUCUGCUCCCUGCUGGCACCCGAGCGGCAGGUGGGCCGCGCGGCCUCGGCACUGAUGCAUGACCGCCACACAGCUGUGGGCCAGCUGGUGCAGGAUCUGCUGACCCAGGUGCGGGCCAGCCCUGAGCCCCGGGAGCUGCAGGGCAUCCGGGAGGCGCUGAGCCGGGCCCGGGCCAUGCUGAGCGCGGAGCUGGGCCCUGAGAAGCUGCUGCCGCCUGAGAGACUGGAAUGCGUCCUGGAGAAGUCGCUGCAUCGCUCUGUGCUCAAGCCUCUCCGGCCCAUCCUGGCAGCCCGUCUGCGGCGCCGGCUUUCUGCCAAUGGCUCCCUGGGCCGCCUGGCUGAAGGCCUUCGCUUGGCCCGGGCCCAGGGCCCCAGAGCCUUCGGGUCCCACUUGAGCCUGCCCUCCCCAGUAGAGAUGGAGCAGGUGCGCCAGAAGCUACUGCAGCUGCUCCGGGCCUACUCACCCAGCGCCCAGGUCAAGUGGCUCCUGCAGGCCUGCAAGCUGCUGUACACAGCACUGAGGACCCAUGCGGGAGAGGGCGCCGGGGCCGAUGAGUUCCUCCCGCUGCUGAGCAUUGUCCUGGCCCAGUGCAACCUUCCUGAGCUGCUGCUGGAGGCUGAGUACAUGUCUGAGCUGCUGGAGCCUGCCCUGCUCACUGGAGAGGGCGGCUACUACUUGACCACCCUCUCGGCCAGCCUGGCCCUGCUGAGCAGCCUGGGCCAGGCCCACACCCUCCCCCUGAGCCCCUCCCAGGAGCUGCAGCGCUCCCUCAGCCUCUGGGAGCAGCGCCGGCUGCCCGCCAGCCACAGCUUCCAGCACCUCCUCCGAGUAGCCUAUCAGGACCCCAGCAGCGGCUGCACCUCCAAGACCCUGGCCGUGCCCCCAGGGGCCUCGAUUGCCACCCUGAACCAGCUCUGUGCUACCAAGUUCCGAGUGAGCCAGCCUGACGCUUUCGGCCUCUUCCUGUACAAGGAGCAGGGCUACCGCCGCCUGCCCCCCGGAGCCCUGGCCCAUGGGCUCCCCACAACCGGCUACCUCGUCUACCGCCGGGCGGAGCGGCCUGAGACCCCGGGGCCCUCCCCUGGGGCUGCAGCAGGGGAGGGCAAUGGGGAGCCAGAGGCAGGGAGCAAGGAGGAGAAGAAAGGGGGCCCAGGAGACGGGGACACUGAGGUCAAAGCCAGUGCCAGGGACAGCAGGGGAGAGUCUGAGAGAACUGCCCAGGGAGCUGAGGGGGGCGAGGGCCAAGCCAGGGGGGGCUCUGCUCAGCCAGGGGGGCCAGAGGCCAAGGGAAGCCAGGCAGCAGAGGAGUAGCAGGGAGAGGCCAGAAGGGUCAUCUGGGGCAGAAAACUCUGAGCCUGCUGGGAAGGCCUUUUGGAGGAGUCGUCAGCCCCACCAGCCAAGGCCGCAGCCCCCUUAGCCUUCCCCACCUCAGGCCACUCCUGUGUCUGCCACCACCUCUGUGUGCCAUUUAUCCCUAUGAUCACACCUGCUGGAGGAAUGCCUGACUGGCCAUGUCUGGGCCAUUAGAGUAAAGUUGAGGCGGUUUGGGGGACGCCAGAUCAAGGCCCCAAGCCCCUUUGCCGCACAUCCUUUCCCCCCGCUGGAGGCCAACCAGCCUGCAGUGGUGAGCGUGCCCAUCAGGGGACAAACCACCAGGUGCCCAACAGCUGGCAGUGGGGGGGGGGGGCACACAGCGUGGGCAGGGCAGGACUGCUACCAAGCAGCCCCUGCAGGGGGGCCUUCAAGGCCCUGAGAGGCUCCACCCACGCCUGGUGUCAGGAAGAUGCAGGGAGGCAGCAAGGGCUCCGGCCCAGUCCUGCCCCGACCGCCUGGAGAACAGCUAGCGCCUCCAAACCUCAGCAUUCUCACGUGUCAAGUGGAGUGGCUAUUGCUGCCCGGCCUUCUCCCGGAAGUCUUCCAGGGGUCAAAAUGGAUGGUUUUGCUGCCAAGCAGAGCUCAGACUAGGAGAAAGCGGAGGGAAGGAGGCAGGAUGUUAGCAGCCCCCACCCCACCGCUCCAAGGAUUUGAUCUCUUCUCUCAGGAAGGAUGAUGUUCUCCAGUGAGCCCAGGGGAGAUCCUGGACAUCAGGCCUGGCCGAGGGAGCACCGAGUUCCAGUCUUUCCCAAGGUGGGAAGUCCUCCCAGGCCCUCUGGCGUCCCAGGGGAAUUGGACAGGGGAGACAGG